CCCCCCCCCCCUUCAAUCAUGGAUCUGCUGCAACCCACACUUGAUUUCCCGUUCUUCUCUGUUUUAACUUCUCCUUUUUAAAGCUGCCCAACUUUCUCUCCAAUUUUCUCUCCAUACUCAAGAAACUCCCACCGCAGGAAACCAGAAAGAAAGAGAGACUAGCUGGCUGUGACACUCUUUCUAUUUCUGUCUCUGCUUCUUAUAACUUUAAUACCUUUUACAAAUGCCAACUAUUUUGCUGAGGAUUUUCCUCGUUUACAAUCUUCUUAAUUCAAUCCUUCUCUACUUGAUUCCCAAAAAGCUAAGAGGCUUCCUCCCUCCCUCCUGGUACCCCCACCCCCACCCCCACCACCACCACCACCAGCAGCAGCAGCAGCCCAACCUCGUUCUCGACUCCUCCUCUAAGUCUCCGUCUCCGUCCCCGUCCUCCGUUUCUGGGCUUAAGCGAAUGGACUCCGCUGAGCUGAAACGUGUAUUCCAGAUGUUCGACAAAAACGGCGACGGUAGAAUCACGAAGAAGGAGCUCAACGACUCGUUAGAGAACCUGGGUAUCUUCAUACCCGACAAAGAGUUAGCCCAGAUGAUCGAGAAAAUCGACGUGAACGGAGAUGGGUGCGUGGAUAUCGACGAGUUCGGUUCCUUGUACAAAUCGAUCAUGGACGAGCACGACGAGGAGGAGGACAUGAGGGAGGCGUUCAACGUGUUCGAUCAGAACGGAGAUGGGUUUAUCACCGUCGACGAGUUGAAGUCCGUGUUAGCCUCGCUUGGGCUUAAGCAAGGCAAGACCGUGGAGGACUGCAAGAAGAUGAUCAUGCAGGUUGACGAAGAUGGUGAUGGGAUGGUUAAUUACAAAGAGUUUAGGCAGAUGAUGAAAGGGGGCGGAUUCAGUGCUUUGAGUUAAAAAUUUAAAGGGUGUUUGGCUUAGGAGCAAACAGAGUUUUUUUAUUCAUUGAAAAAACACACACGCGAAAAAACUUGUGGUAUGUACAUAGAAUCUCUGGAGGAAGAGGAAGAAGAAAAAAGAGGUGAACCAUUUUUUUGACAAAAAAAAAAAAAAAAAAGAGGAUGACCAUUUUU